AUGGGCAUGAGCGGACGCGGCGAGGCGGCGGAGGCGAGCUCGGCAGCCAUGACGGCCUCCUCGGCGCCUCUCCUCCUCCCUCGCGCCCCCGCGCCGACGGCGCGGGACGAGGUGCGGCGGCAGGUGGGGCUCGCGGCGCCGCUGGUUGCGUGCAGCCUGCUGCAGUACAGCCUGCAGGUGGUCUCCGUCAUGUUCGCCGGCCACCUCGGCGAGCUCCCCCUCUCCGCCGCCUCCGUCGCCUCCUCCUUCGCCAACGUCACCGGCUUCAGCGUCCUGCUAGGAAUGGGAAGCGCGCUCGAUACACUGUGUGGUCAAUCAUAUGGGGCAAAACAGUAUGAUAUGCUGGGGACGCAUGCCCAGAGGGCUAUCUUCGUUCUUAUGCUUUCAAGCGUUCCGCUGGCCUUUGUAUUGGCUUUCACUGGCCAAAUUCUUACUGCUCUUGGUCAAAAUCCAGAGAUAUCAUAUGGAGCUGGAACUUACGCCCGGCUGUUGAUUCCUGGUCUUUUCGCAUACGGCUUGCUUCAGUGCCUUACCAAGUUCCUGCAGGCCCAAAAUAUUGUACACCCACUGGUAGUUUGUUCUGGGGUGACGUUGAUAUUCCACAUUCUGCUGUGCUGGUUCCUUGUUCAGAGUUCCGGUCUUGGCUACAGAGGUGCAGCUCUGGCAACCUCGGUAUCUUAUUGGUUCAAUGUGAUAUUGCUAGCACUGUAUGUUAAAUUCUCUGAAGCUGGCAGAAGGAGUUGGCAAGGAUGGUCAAGGGCGGUGUUAAAGGAUGUGAACUUGUUUUUAAGUCUAGCCAUUCCAUCUACAUUUAUGACCUGCUUGGAGUACUGGGCAUUCGAGAUGGUGGUUCUCCUUGCAGGUUUUCUUCCAAAUCCAAAACUGGAAACUUCAAUUUUAUCCAUCAGCUUAAACACAAUGUGGAUGGUUUAUACAAUUCCAAGUGGCCUCAGCAGUGCAAUAAGUAUUAGAGUGUCCAAUGAAUUAGGCGCCGGGAAUCCACAGGCAGCACGUCUAUCAGUUCUUAUUUCAGGAAUUAUGUGCCUAGUAGAAGGCCUUCUUGUAGUUAUCAUCACAGUUUCUGUACGAGAUGUGUGGGGUUAUUUGUACAGCAAUGAAGAAGAGAUAGUAAAGUAUGUAUCCAUAAUGAUGCCAAUUCUCGCCACUUCUAACUUCAUGGAUGGCAUACAAUGCACGCUAUCAGGUGCCGCUAGAGGGUGUGGCUGGCAGAAAGUAUGCUCCUUCAUCAACCUAUGCGCUUACUAUGCUUUUGGUAUCCCUUCAGCUGUUAUUUUUGCAUUUAUUCUGAAGAUCGGCGGUAAGGGACUUUGGCUGGGAAUCAUAUGUGCUAUGGUAGUGCAAAUAUUAGCUCUGCUUGUGAUGAUGCUUCAUACCAACUGGGAUAAAGAGUAUUAUCUAAAAUUUAAGCUUCAUAAAAUUGCUGCUGGGAAGGACCAGCUUACUAGCUUACACAGCAGGGCAGGACAUAGCCAUAGCAGUGUCGGGCCAAAGGGGGAAUGGAAUGCACCGAUGAAUGCAGCAUUAGUCUUUGUAAAUUACUGCCUUUUAUGCUCUGUGACAAGAAAAUAA